AUAGGCAUGGGACUGCUUGGUCAAGUCAACAGUACCAGCAUCUUGGAUGAGCAUAUAUUAGAGAAGAAGUCACCAUCUCGCUGGCAUGCAGACAGUCUUGUCACCCCCAGUCAGGGAUUUCAAGAUGGAUCCAGUGAACUUAUAAUGGAUAGCACCAAGAUCUUGGGAGUCCAAAUCAUACUGAUAAUGGCUUAUUCUCUCAUCAUUCUGCUGGGAUUCAUUGGCAACUCCUUGGUCAUCUACAUGAUAGUGAGAUACAAAACCAUGAGGACUGUAACCAACUUUUUCAUAGCUAACUUAGCUCUGGCAGAUUUAAUGGUGGAUACUUGCUUGCCCUUUACUUUGGCUUAUACUCUGCUGGAUGAAUGGAAGUUUGGGGCUGUACUUUGUCAUUUGGUGUCCUCUGCUCAAGCUUUAUGUGUUCAUGUAUCUAUUCUCACGUUAACUGUGAUUGCCCUGGAUAGGUACAGAUGUAUUGUUUUUCAUUUAGACAGUAGAAUAUCCAAGAAAAUCAGCUUCACCAUCAUAGCGAUUACAUGGCUGGUUGCUGCUCUCCUAGCUAGUCCACUGGCUAUCUUUCGAGAAUACAGAUAUGAAGAAAUUCCAUCCAUCAACCUCAGAAUAGUUGUCUGCUCAGAGAAAUGGCCUUCUGACAAAAGGGAUGCCACUAUAUACAGCUUAUCCAUGCUCAUCCUGCAAUAUGUCUUUCCUCUUUCUAUCAUCUGUUAUGCCUACAUCAGGAUAUGGUUCAAACUGAAAAGCCACAUUAGUCCUUCUGCUAGAAAUGACACUCACUGUCGCAGGAAAAAGACCACAAAGAUGCUUUUCAUGGUCGUUGUGGUGUUUGCUGUCUCUUGGCUACCCUUCCAUGCUUUCCAGCUUGCUGCAGACUUAGGUAUGGCACUUGCCCUCCAUGACUAUAAACUCCUUUAUACAGUAUUUCAUGUCAUAGCCAUGUGUUCCACUUUUGCAAACCCCUUGCUCUAUGGCUGGAUGAAUAAGAACUACCGCAAUGGAUUCCUUAUGUUCUUCCGCUGUCAGAAAAAACCAGAGAGACUCUAUGCAGACGGAUCAAUUCGGGGGAGGUCUUGCACUUUCAAGGCUACUACCUUGAAUGGGAGCAUCAAACAGUCAACAGGUGAUGGACAGCUACCAACACCGGUUUAGUUUAUAGCAGCUUCAUCUCCACACAGGGCCUGAGUCUCAGCAUUGCC